AUGCAGGCGGAUAACACAUCCGAAGAGCAAGCCAACGCUAAUGAAACUGACCGUUCGGUAGUAGGCAAGCUGCAUCGCAAGCGCGGACGAGCGAGCAAAGCCGACGCAGAACGUGAUCUCGCCAGCGGUGUAGAGCAGGACGUUGUGUCCAAGCUCCGACCGGACGAGAGUGCCGGCUCAGUCGACGGCCAACACGAACCGAGUGGAUCUGUCACUCCGGCCUUCCAUGUCAACAGUGAGGAUUUUGAGAGCAUCGAUGAGGGUGUCACACGAAAACGUAGUCGUCGAGGAGUGCCCAAGGCCAAAUCGAAUCCCAGAUCCUAUGAUUCACGCCUUGACGACCCGGGAAACUGGUAUCAUACAGCCGCCGAAGCCUUUGGAAAGGUCCAAUGA